GAGGUGCUCGACUUCUGCCUGAAGGUGUCCGCGUACCAGCAGGACUUCUUCACCAAGAUCCCGAACAGGCUCGACGCGGGGCUCACAUUCUUGGCGGCCGGCGCUAUCAUCUUCGAGAUCGCGGCCUCUGGCUCGCACGACUCGGCAGCGGAGAUCUUCCUGGGCACGCCCGUCACCCAGUGGAUCCGGGGCGCCGCCGUGAUGCAGGUGCUGCGGGUGCACAAGCUGACCCACGCGGUCCACGCGUGGGCCGGCCUCAAGAGGAUGACCACGUCGUCUUCCUUGGAGUUGGCCGGCCGUAUCCAGGCCAUCACGCAGCUGACGGCACUGGCGAACGCGCACGUGGAGAGCCAGGAUGAGGUGCUGAAGUACUUUGGGAACGGCGGCGCCGUGACCACGGCCCCGCUGGCCAGGUCGCCGCGCGGCUCGCCCCUCCCAGACCGUCGUCGUCGUCGUCCUCCUCCUACUCCUCCUCCUCGCUUGGGCACGCUCGACCUGCUCCUCCUCCUCCGUCC